CGGCGGAGCUCGAGCCUGGUGGAGGGAAGCGAGGCUGUCCCUGGAGGGCGUCAGGGCAGCGUCCGAAAGUUCAUGCGCCUGCCAGAGAGAGGGUCCCCCAAUCCGCCAGCAGCAGGCGUGGUUCGCCGAGCGCGCGCUGGGGGGCGGCCGCGGGGGUCGCGGAAGGGUGGGCGUCCGGACACGCGCUCCCCAUGGAGGCGCCCGAGCUGGGCCCGGGGCUGGUGGAGCGUCUGGAGCAGCUGGCGACGUGCCCGCUGUGCGGGGGCCCCUUCGAGGACCCGGUGCUGCUGGCGUGCGAGCACAGCUUCUGCCGCGCGUGCCUGGCCCGCUGCUGGGGCGCCCCGCCGGCCGCCGGCGCCCCGGCGCCCCCCACCGCCUGCCCCUGCUGCGGCCAGCCGUGUCCCCGCCGCAGCCUGAGGUCCAACGUGCGUCUGGCGGUGGAGGUGCGCAUCAGCCGGGGGCUGCGGGAGAAACUGGCUGAGCCCGGGGCCCGCGCGGGGAGGCGCAGAGGGGGCCGCAUCCCCACCAUGGGCUGCCUGGAUCCGCACGGAGAGGAUAUAAGGAAGACAUGGAGAAGACUCGAUGCUCCAAGACCCAAGUCAUCUAACCCAGAGGACGAUCUCCCUGAAGAUUACCCAGUGGUGAAAAACAUGCUCCACAGACUGACGGCGGACCUGACCCUGGACCCUGGCACCGCCCACCGCCGCCUGCUCAUCUCGGCGGACCGCCGCAGCGUCCGACUGGCCCCCCCAGGGACACCCGCACCCCCCGACGGCCCCGAGCGCUUCGAUCAGCUCCCCGCGGUGCUGGGCGCACAGGGCUUUGGGGCCGGCCGGCACUGCUGGGAGGUGGAGACCGCCGAGGCGGCCUCUGGCCCGGACUCCUCCGGGGAGGACGAGGACGACAGCGAGAGCCGCUACGCCGUGGGUGCGGCCGGAGAGUCGGUGCGUCGCAAGGGCCGCGUGGGGCUGUGCCCCGCGGGGGCCGUGUGGGCCGUGGAGGGCCGCGGCGGCCGCCUGUGGGCCCUCACGGCUCCCGAGCCCACUCCACUGGGCGGCACCGGGCCCCCGCCCCGCCGCAUCCGCGUGGACUUGGACUGGGAACGCGGCCGCGUGGCCUUCUACGACGGCCGCUCGCUGGACCUGCUCUUCGCCUUCCAGGCGCCCGGGCCCCUGGGGGAGCGUGUCUUCCCGCUGCUCUGCACUCGCGACGCCCGCGCCCCGCUCCGCAUCGUGCCGGCGGAAGGCUGAGUCCUACCCACA